AUGGUAGGGAGUGCGUUGGAUUAUGCCUGCAAAACCGGUCAAUUUGGCGCCUUAGACCUUAUUGCGCAAGAAUUAAAUGAAAAAUCGGAUCCAUCCGUGCUAACCAGAGCAGCCCAGUUUUUUUCGUCUAAUCAACAAGACCGAACAGCUGUUCAGCUUUUGGUUUUUGCUAAACGGUAUAACGAGGCUGUACAGCUGUGUUUAAGAAAGAAUGUAAUUAUUACUGAGGAAUUGGAUAAUUUACUUACCCCGAAUAAUUUGGGUUGUUGUUAUUUAAGUAACACCUAA